AUGAGCUCUGCUGUAUACCCUUCUCAACCUUCUGCAGGCGCAGGGCCUAGCUCUUCUCGCUCCAACUACUACCGUCCUGCCACCAUCGCAGAACUCGCCGCGCAAGCGCAGGAGAACCUCUGGGAUCCUGCAAAGGGCCUCAAACAUUGGCUGCGCACAGCUGAGAAGUCGAGAAGGAACGCAGAAGCACUGCUGCAGUCCAAUGACUAUGAGCGUGCAUUCGUUGAAUACGCCAAGGCCGCCACGAUCGUCCUGGAGAAGCUCCCGACACAUAGGGAGUACCAGACGCUACUGAACGCCGAUCAGAGACAUAACCUCGGAAUGGUAAGUCUCUCAUCUCCUUCUCUGUGUCCUUGA